CCAAAGGCACGCAGCAAAGCGAUGGCUUCUGAACCAGUACAACCAGCCGAUCCGGUUCUGGCACAGCCAUGGGAAAAGAAUUAUAAAGUCGUGGAGGUUGAUGACGUUUGUACAGUUAAGAAGCUGUAUCUGAAGACCUCGCCACUUUCAAUUUCAUGGACGCAUGGACUGUCUGAAUCGACUGAGAGCUAUUAUCAGCUUGCAGCUAUCAAUACUUCCAAAGAGAAUGGCAAAUUCUACCUUUUUGUUGCCAAUAGCAAGAUCUCCGCGUUCGAGGAACUUAAUACCACCAAGGAAUCUGCCGAUGUGAUUACUUUUAAAGUCACCAAAGACUUCCGAUAUGGCCAGAAGGAAGAAAUUUCCAAGGAAGAAAAUCCCAAGGACAAGGGCAAGAACGUACCCGUGAACCGAUUUCUGGUGUAUCAACUGAACGACAGUAACCAUGAUAAGAUCUUUCAGCGCCGUUUCGUUAAAGCAUCAUGGGAGAAGUGGCGGAACAUGUUGAGCGGCUUUAUGGAGGGAGUUCCGAGUGUGAAGGAGGGUUAUGCAUUCCUCGACAGCACGCUCGGUAAAUACGUCGGUGACAAGCUGGAAAAGUUCAAGUAGCCUUUUCGCUAGGGGUUGGAAAGUAACCCGCAUCGGUAAACAGGAUAUUGAUCCAGC